GCGCAGUGGAGCCCGGAUGAAGCGGAUUGACAGUCUGCAGGGCGGCGGAAGUUCUCCGCAUCCCCAGCUGUGAACCGGUGAGUUUCGGGGCAGAGACGGUAAAACGACGUGUCGUCCUUAGACUCCUCGGACAGGAGGACACCUGUCUCCAUGGUAACGCAGCAGCCCCAGCUGCCAUGUCCUCCGUCUCCAUGUCAACGUCGGCCGCUUGCGGCCAGGACGCCGCCGUCCUGGCCUCUGAGCGCUACGCCAGCCUCAUCCUGGCCCAGAUGAACAAGAUGCGUCUCCGCCGCGACUUCUGCGACGUGGGGCUCAGAGUGGGCGGGCGCGUCUUCAGAGUCCACCGGCUGGUGCUCGCCGCCAGCAGCCCCUACUUCUCCGCCUUGUUCUCCGGCGGGAUGCGGGAGGCGGAGAAAGACGAGGUGCAGAUCAUCGGCGUGGACACGGAAAUCUUUGAGAUUCUGCUGGAGUUCAUGUACACAGGGGCCAUCAGUGUCAGCGUGGAGAACGUUCAGGAGCUGAUGGUGGCCGCCGACAUGCUGCAGCUGAUCGAGGUGGUGUCGAUAUGCGGCGAGUUCCUCAAGGGCCACAUGGACCCCUUCAACUGCGUGGGCAUCUUUCAGUUUCUGGAGCAGAUCGCCUGUAUGGAAAUGCUGGAAUUUACCGAGAACUACAUCCACGUUCACUUCCUGGAGGUGUGCGUCACGGACGAGUUCAGAGGCCUGUCGAAGGAUCAGUUGGUGAGGCUUCUGCGAAGCGAGGAGCUGAGGAUCGAGGACGAGUACCAAGUGUUCACGGCGGCCAUGGACUGGGUCCUGCACGACGUGGCCAAGAGGAAAAAACACGUGGUCGAGGUGCUGGAAGCCGUGCGCUUCCCUCUGCUCUCCCCUCAGAGACUCUUCAAGUACAUAGAAGGUAUUACCGACUUCAGCCUGCGGGUGGCACUGCAGACCCUGCUGAAGGAAUACACUGAGGUCACAAAGUCUCCCAAAGAAAAUAAGCUGCACAGUCAGCUCCAACCAGCAAAGACGAGACCCAGAAGGAAAGCCAGGAAGUACCUCUAUGCAAUAGGCGGCUACACCCGGCUGCAGGGCGGCCGCUGGAGUGACAGCCGUGCGCUGAGCUGUGUGGAGCGCUUUGACACCUUCAACCAGUACUGGACCACUGUGUCGUCUCUGCACCAGGCCCGCAGCGGGCUGGGCGUGGCCGUCAUGGAGGGCAUGAUCUACGUGGUGGGAGGCGAGAAAGACUCGAUGAUUUUUGACUGCACAGAACGAUACGACCCGGUGACAAAGCAGUGGGCCGCCGUGGCGUCUCUGAAUUUCCCGCGAUGUGGCGUUGGCGUGUGUCCCUGCCACGGGGCGCUGUACGCACUCGGUGGUUGGAUCGGAUCGGAGAUCGGGAAAACCAUGGAGCGAUACGAUCCGGAGGAAAACAAGUGGGAGGUCAUCGGGAGCAUGGCGGUUCCCAGAUAUUACUUUGGCUGCUGUGAGCUACAGGGGUUAAUCUAUGUGAUUGGUGGGAUCAGCGAUGAAGGAAUGGAGCUGCGCUCAGCUGAGGUUUAUGACCCCAUCUCGCGUCGUUGGAGCGCCCUGCCGGUGAUGAGCCAGCGUCGGGCCUACGUGGGCGUGGCCUGCCUCAACAACUGCAUAUACGCGGUGGGAGGCUGGAACGAGGCGCUGGGCGCUCUGGAGACGGUGGAGAAAUACUGUCCUGAGGAGGAGAAAUGGGUGGAGGCGGCCCCGAUGUCCACGGCGCGUGCGGGCCUGUCGGUGUCGGCCGUCAACGGGCUGCUGUACGCCGUGGGCGGACGCGCCGCCAGCAGGGACUUCUCGGCGCCCGUGACGAUGGACUCCGUGGAGAUCUACGACCCGCACCUGGACACGUGGACCGAGGUCGGCAACAUGAUCACUAGCCGCUGCGACGGCGGGCUGGCCGUUCUCUGACGGCCGCCGCUUUGAACUGUGAACAUUGUGGGAGGCGAAGGAAACCGUGGAAACGUUGCACCUUAAAACUCCAAAAGAAAGAGGGUUGAUGCUGUUUCUACGUGUCUCCUUUUUAACUACAGCUCUGGGAGGUGCCAAACCGCUCUUCGUAACUUCAGUAAGAGUAAAUUGUUUUACUUGAAACAGAGAGUGACAUCAAGCGUGUGAUACGAACUUUAGACGGGGCUGACGAGGGCAGUCGCCCAGGGCACCGCGGUUUGGGGUUGUUUUCAUUAUUCCCCUUCAGAGGGGCGCCCCAAAGACUUAGGAUGGUUUUGUAAUGAAUGCACGUUUUACAAGAAUUGUACCUUUUGUCAAACUGAAAGGCCCAUAUGAAGUGCAGAGUUUUAAUAUUGUUACAUUUUUAUUAAUGUAUACAAUAGUCAAAUAUUUCAAGAAUUUUGAAGUCAUACUACAUCUUUUAGUGACUUUUUAAACCAUCUGCUGAUGCACCUAUUAAUGUACUGUAAUUUGCAUGAGUCUAAUUAUUUUCUUUUUUUGGAUAAGGCACCAAAACUAGCGCUAUUCCAGGGGCCCUGGUCCUUCUAAAUCCGGCCCAGGUGACCAGAUGAAGCCGUUUUUCCUUUCAUUAGCUUCUUGGAGGUCAUUACCAUUUUAUGGUUUUGUUGUAUGCCGACAGUGAAACUUUUGGUUGUUCUUAGUGUCAGACUCAUUUAUUACUGGAAACUUGAUGGAGGAUGGUCUCUCUAUUUUCACUGGAUGAUUAUUUGUACAUAAUGCUGCUGGAAAUCUAUAUUAUUUAUGUUUACUCCUGUCAUCUGUGGGCGCCGUUACAUUUCAACUCUGAUUCUGAAAUACCCAUUAAAACUUUUCCCACAAACUGUCACCUGACAACUGCAACAUCUUAGUGCAUUUUAUCUGGGUUUUACUGGAAAUGAAAGAAGAGGUUCCAUUCACAUGUAGAGACCUGACAUUUUUACAACUGGGCGGAAAGCCUCUACCAACACAACCUUUACAAGUCUUGCCGCAUGUCGUUUCAGUUGGAAUUAUGCCCGGGGUUUGACUAGGACAUGAACUGUAUUUGUUCUAAACCGUUCUGUUGUUGCUCUGCCUCCAUGUUGUAGUUUUCCUGCCAGAAGGUGAAGAUUCACGUCACCAAUUUUAUCCCGCUUCAUGUUCCUGCUGAAGAAAGGGUUUUCCCACAGCCUGAGGAUGCCACUGUGCUCCAUGGUGGACAUGGUGCGGUCAAAGUUUUAUCUUUGACCGCACAUUAGAGCGUGACUUUUUGCUUCAGCUUACCGGUAAUAGGUUCCGCACUUGAACGGUGCUCACAGCUGUAUUUGUCGGAAAAAUAAACCGAAAUGAACAUGGUCAAAACUGUCAGAUGUUUUUUUUUUUGAAUAACUUAAACAAUAGUACUAUGGAAAAGAUAAUGUUACCGGUCACAAAGAACGUUUGACAGCAUGGAAUAAAAAUGUUAUACUUUAGAUUUUUUUUAAAAUUAAAGUUGCUCACAAUUUGGCACUAAAAGUGUCAAAUUCUGUUUUAGAAAAUUAUAUAGAUUUGUGAUUGUUUAUUAAUUGUUUCUGUGGAAUCCCUGCGAAGGCCGUUUCGAUACACAGUUAAUUGCAUGAUAAAUUAAAAUGUCCUUGACCAUUUUCAUCAUGA